AUGGAUUAUAUCGAACACGAAACGAGAAUGUACGACGCCCUCAACACACCGGGACGUCCGACGGAGGAAAGUGGAAUACUAGACCUGGACAUUACUGAAUAUAGGCUUGAGAUGCUCUAUGGUCAAAUGAUUGAUGACUUUACCUGGAAAGUAGCGCAGCGGCCUAUGUCAAUGAACAUGAAUGAACUCAUACGACUGGGAAGUUUACCUUGGUCAAAACUCCCUGAUCUACAUACUUCAUCUAACACAGCCUCCUCAUAUCUUGAAGCCCUCGCGGAUCUCAACAUCAAGCAUCUCAUACAUCAAAGAAACAAUGCGGUAGAGUCUGCAGAUGACUGCCGGCGGAAAUUCGUGGCGCGGAAGCUUUUCCCCAAUGUACUACGCAAUGAUUCGGAGAAUAUGCAAAUUUUCGGCGUCGUGGAUUGGGAGUUCACAUACGAGGCACCUCCUGAAUUAUCGUAUGCGCCCCCUUGGUGGCUGCUUAUUGAGAAACCUGAGUACUGGCCAAAUGGUAUUGGGGACUGGACAAAAGUGGUUGAUUGUCAUCUCAAGACAUUCCUCAAGGUAAUGAGAGACUGUGAAGAUAGAGCGAUCCAACAGGGUCGUUUGAAAGAGGACCAGCGGCUCUCCGGCCAUAUGGGCCAAAGCUGGGAGAAUGGCGAUUUAUGGAUAAUGUAUGCAGUGUUGCACAGCUUCGCCUUUGAUACAAUCUAUUGGCAUAAGAUUGACACUCGCCUUUUUGGGCCUACUGAGAGCCCCGAGGGGGCAUGGAAGGAGAGACUCGACUUUUUGGAUGAAGAGGGAAGAGAUGAGAUGGAAAAACUGGUGGCUCGGAAGCUGAAAGAGAUGAGAAGUAGAGUUCUGGCGUGGGAUCUGGAUAAAUAUAUUGUGGAUUUUCGCUAG